AGGGUUUCCGGUCCACCUUAAGCGCCAACGCAGGCGUACAGCGGGGCUUCCGCUUCGUCCGCGGCCGGGCUCGAGCGGAGCUGAGGAGCGGAGCGCUUCUUUUUCUCUCUGCUUUUUUUUUCUCUCCUUUUCACCGUCGCUUCAUCUGGAGACAAGCGGAGCAGCGCAACGAGGCCACGAAUCCUACCGGAAAACCUCCCUCCGCUGCAGUCGCGUGCGCUGAGAAGAAAAAACAAGCAAACAAACAAACAAACAAUACAAAACACAAACAAACAAUCUAAUAUUUUCAACGAUGUCCGAACCGCGGUACCGAGAGUGGAUCCUGGAGACGAUCGACUCGCUGCGCUCGAGGAAAGCGCGACCGGACCUCGAGAGGAUCUGCCGGAUGGUGCGCAGGAGACACGGCUCCGACCCAGACCGCACGCGGGCCGAGCUCGAGAAGCUCAUCCAGGAGCAAACUGUGCUGAAAGUUAACUACAAGGGCUCUGUGUCGUACCGGAACGCCGCCAAAGUGCAACGGAAAUGCCGACGGAAGGUCGAGCAGGCGGGCGAGCGCACCAAACACGCCGCUUUCGACAACAGUGGCAGUAGUAGUAACGCCAAGAACGACGACAACAUCAGCGCGCGCAGUCCCGCGGACCGGGAGGAGCGCGAGCCGACGCCGUGCAGAGAUCCCUCACCCAGCAGCUGCUCGCGCUCCGCUGAAGAGAAACGGGAAGAAGAAGAAGAAGAAGACGAGGAAGGAGAGGAAGAAGCGGUUUUGUCUCCUGCGACAGGCGAAAUCACCAGUUUCACGAGUUGCGACGGGAGAAACGGCUCGAGUGACACCUCCAGUCCCGCCGCUGGACGGGUCGAGGGGGGAGGAGGAGGAGGAGGAGGAGAAGAGACGCGCUCUGUACUCGGCCACGCGAGCACCGACCUGCCCGAGCCCGAGCCCGAGCCGGAACCGGAGCGGCGAACUUGCACGAGCGCUCGAAACAAUAAGCAACACGCGCCCCAACUCAGGGCUGCAAAGAGCGGCGUCAAAGCGGCGGAUCUGGGCGACCGGCUCGUGGCGGCCGUGUGGAGUCUGAGCGAGCGGAACAGCCGGGGUCACGCGCCGCUCGGGCUCAAAGAGAUCCUGGGCUACCUCGGCACGCAGGCCGCGCACGCGGACGGCGAGAAGCUGACCCGCCACCGCGUCAAAGUGGUGCUGGAGCGCGAGAUCGAGAAAGGUCGCCUGCGCAGGACGCGCCUCGGUCACAUCACCGUGCCCGCGAGGAGAUGGGGGGGGAGCACGGGGGCGGCCAAGGCGUCCGCGCGACUCCCGGCGAACACGAGCAGCGCGCCGCAGGACAGGCGCAUCUCAAAGCAGGAAGAAGUAAAGGAGGAGGAGUCAAUGGAGGUGGAAAGCAAGGAGGAUGGCAAGAUGGAUGAAGAAGCCAAGCCUCCGACACAGCUCGAGCCCCAGAGCGCCAAACCUGAAGGAGAAGCAGACGUCAAAGUUCACGCGCCACUUUCAGCCGGCGUGGAGGUGAAGGCGUGCGGUGUUACUCACACACCAGUGAUCAUGGAGGAGGAGCUCCGGCCUUCACCGCUGUCAUCGCCAGCGAAACUGAGUUCGGUUCCUCAGGAAGCCGAACAGUGUGGCACGGAAGGUGAAAUGGUGAUGCAGGGAGAGGCGAUUCACACAGGAAGUUUAACGCAAGAUCAAAGAGAAGCCAUAACUGACCAAGUGCACACACUCACACAGGAUGAAGAGGUUGUCGUCUCAGACAGUGUCACGAUUCCAGCCUCAAUUCCCAUUAAAAGUUAUUCAGUUUGUAAGGCUGAGGUGGGCGUGUCCUCCUGUCUGCUGACUCCAUCUGCCUCUCCAGGAGCAGCUGAGGAGCGAGGGAUGAACGGAGGAGUUUUUGUAAAGUCCGAGUCCAGCAUCACAAAUCCGGUCGACUGGACGGUGGCAGACGUCGCCAGUUAUUUCACAGCGGCGGGAUUUCCAGAGCAGGCUCUCGCCUUCAGGAUGCAGGAAAUCGACGGGAAGUCACUCCUCCUGAUGCAGCGCAACGAUGUCCUGACCGGCCUGUCAAUCAGACUUGGCCCUGCCCUCAAGAUCUACGAGCGCCAUGUGAAGGUUUUGCAGAGGACCCACUUCCAGGACGACGAAGCUUUCUGCUGAGGCACACACUCUCGGUUCUAUAGCGUGCACACACUCAGAUUUCUCUCUCUCACACACAAUGGAGCUUUCUACAGAGACACAAGCAACUCACACACACACUCUAAUGCACUGCGUACUGGACUUUGCCUUCCCUGUUAACAGUGGAACAUUCCAGAUAUUUGUUUUACAGAUACUAGCGCACACUCACACACGUUAUUAUCUCUUUCCAUUCCUUUGAGAGGAACAACGAAGAACAUCCAGUGAGGCAUGAAAAUGCUUCUGAGACAUCACUGCACACUACAGAGUGACAAAAAAACAGGGUCAUUUCAUUAAUAAUGGACAGAUCUUGUGUGUGCAGCUGAGAUAGAUGUGAUUCCUCGGCUCAUGAACUUUGACCUGGGAUCAAAUUCAACAGUCGAUAUCGCAGACGUGUGUGAUGUCCAUUAGGGGGCAGCAGAUGGCUGGAGAAAAACACCCCAAAACACGGAAGUGUCUGCUUGGUUGAUGAUGGCAUGUUUGAGGACUUCAUCGUUGUCUGAAAUCAGACUACGUGCACAGGAUUUCACACCAACGCUGGACGUGCUUAUUCGACUGCGCAACAUUUUCUUUUUUUGAGCAAGAGCUCACAGAGAUCUGUUAGAACGUAUUGCUGAGUCACAGGUUUUGACCUAAAUAGCUGCGGCACUGCAUCCCAGUCUUCCCUGUGCUUUUGGCUAUGUGCUGUGUGCAGAGAUUCUAGAACGGAUUCUACAACCCACCAAGCUUUCAUAGCAAGUUCUAGAAUCUGUGCCAGAAAAUGAAACUUAUUAUUGGAAUCUGUCAGAUUCUAGAAGAGGUUCUAGAAUCUUCCCAAAGACCAUUAGAAAGUUCUGGAUUCUGUAUCAGAAAAUGAAAAAUGAUUUAUAGAAUCUGUCAGAUUCUAGAACAGGUUGUAUAACCUUCCAAAGUUCCAUAGAAUGUUCUAGAUUCUGGAUUCUGUGUAAGAAGGACUUGGCUAGAUUUGUUUUCUUGCUGAGCUCAUAUGAAGUGUACACUCUAUGCCAAAAGUUUGUGCACCCCUGACCAUCACACCCAUAUGUGUUUGUUGAACGUCUCAUUCCAGAUUUAUUCCCUCUGUGUUUGCUGUUAUAAUGAGCUCCACUCUUCUGCGAAGUCUUUCCACUAGAUGUUGGAGCGUGGCUGUGGGGAUUUGUGUUCAUUCAGCUACAAGAGCAUUAGUGAGGUCAGGCACUGAUGUUGGGAUGUCGAGGAGGUCUGGAGUUCAGUCGGUGUUCCAGUUCAUCCCAAAGGUGUUCAGUGGGGUUGAGGUCAGGGCUCUGUGCAGGACACUCGAGUUCUUCCACUCCAACCUUCACACACCAUGUCUUCAUGGAGCUCGCUUUGUGCACAGGGGCAUUGUCAUG